AUGGAUUGUCUGGCGACUACCCGACUGGACAAUAGUUACCGCUGGGAGUGUUAUCUCGAAGCAACAACAGUGAACUUAGCCGAGUAUUCUGGCAUGAAGAAUGGGGUCCAGGCGGCACUGGACAUUGGUGCAACCGACCUUGUCCUUGUUGGUAACUCGAGAUUAGCAAUCCAGCAGUCACUAGGUUUGAUUGCGGGUACAAAAGGAGUCGCUUAUGACCCAACACAACCGCCACCGAGAGCUCGUUGGUGCCCGACCGAAGUCAGUCAAGAAAACAAGGCGUCUAGCGUGAUAUCUAUCGAGCCUAAGCUGGCACAGCUGAGAUCGCUGAAGCACAUCCAAGAGGAUAUCUAUGCACCUAUCCCCGAGGCCUUGGCGGAUGAACCCUCGAUCAGUAUCGCACAAUCCCAAGGACACACGAAACCGUCACAACGAUCCGGGACCGUCCCGGAGCCGUGUCGAAAAAAAUUCUUUGAUUUUAAACGAGAGGAAGCCAACGGUGUGCCAACGGAGGACUCGGUCCGUCUGGAAGCAGAGUUAUCAAGGGUAGCGGUACCCAACUGUGAUACCCCCGUGUUGCCUGACGCAGAAGACGUGGAUCCACUAACGGCUCAGCGUGAACGUCGGAUAAGGAUCGCGACCGCUCAGGUCGAGGAGUUUCGAUGGGCGAAUUUGAAGACAGUUCUCCACGGGGACGAAUCGACCCUAACGUACCGUGCAGCGAGAGACGCGUGGAAGAUGUCCGACCACUUUGUCCUAAGCGAGGACAACGUGCUUUACUUUGUGGGAACGAGGCCUCUGAGAAGUGACCAACAGCAAGAAGACGCGAUGCUGCGUCUAGUAUUACCCACAACGAUGAUUCCGGAGAUACUACAGAACUGCCACGACUCGCUAGAAGGAGGCCACCAAUGUAUCGCCCGGACUUUCUACAAAGUGAAGUUGGACUAUUAUUUGAUCGGUCUAUACGCAGACGUGGCGAGGCACGUGCAGUCUUGUCCCGACUGUAGCUCAAGCAAAAGUCGACCAAAGAUCCGUGAAUACUCUCCGGGGAACAUACUAGCGGAACGAUCGUUCCAGGUUGUUACGAUGGAUUUUGUGAUACCCUUACCGAAGUUUCGGGGGGGCGCUUUUACUGUUCCAAAGCGCAUUCACAGGCCAUUAGCAGACACGACUGCUCUGAGAGUGGCCCAGGCUUUUGAGGAGUGUGUGUACCAGCCAUUCGGCGCACCCUCUCUCAUCAGCCAUGACAAAGACCCACGAUUCAUGAGCGAGGUGUUCCAAUCGUUCACCGAAAUGAUGCAAUCGAGGUCUAGGGCAACGUUGAGUUACCGGCCCCAAGUCAAUGACCAGCAAGAGCGCUCGGUCAAGACCGUCAUGCAAUCGGUGCGCGUGUACGCGGAAGACCUGCAGCAACAAGACUGGGACGAGAUCGCCGAAAAGCUGAUCUUCGCGAUCAACAACUCGAUGGACACAAAGAGGAAAGAGACUCCCGUUUUCCUCGUCCAUGGGUGGGAUGCUCAGUCUAAGCUCUAG